AUGAACCAAAUCUUCAUCCCUGUUUUAGCUCUUUUGACAUUAAGUGCAGAACUAACUGAAGCAGCACCCCCUCUCAAUGGCAACAACUUCAUGUCAUGUAUGUUUUGCGACACAGUGACUGAUGCCUUCGAGACUGAAGUCACUCCUACUGGGGUCAUUCAAGCUAUGUUCAGAACUUGCAAUCGAAUGGGUCUAAUGGAACCAAUAUGUGACAACUUCAUUACCGUACACGGCAAACAAAUUUUACUAUUAGCAAGAUCUGGUGUUCCACCAUCAGAAAUUUGUGGGCAACUUUUGAACUGCGAAAGGAAUUAA